UAUGAACAUUUAGCCUGAAGAUACCUGUCUAUCUGCCAAUCUCCAACAGAUAAGACAGAUAUCCAAAGGAAACAAUAUAAUUCGGUCCUUUUCACCUUGGAGAAGCAGUAGCGUUCCGCAGCACUAAUAAGUAAUAACAAUAAAAUCAACGCUUAGUCAUAAAUCCUCCCUAUAAAAAUGGACAAUUUAUGCGCAAGAUUACAGCAAGCAAGACUACAAGAGGUAGCAGAAAGCAAAACCAACGAUGUCUCCGCCGGUCAAGCUCAUCGGCGCCUUCGGUAGCAUAGCCGUCCACCGCGCAGAGGUGGCCCUCCGGCUCAAGGGCGUGCCGUAUGAGUUCAUCCAUGAAGACCUUGAAAACAAGAGCGAGCUGCUGCUGAAGCACAACCCCAUCCACAAGAAGGUUCCCGUCCUCCUGCACGGUGACGACCGCGCCGUCUGCGAGUCCCUCGUCAUCAUCGAGUACGUCGAUGAGGCCUUCGACGGACCGCCUCUCCUCCCUAGCGACCCCAACCACCGCGCCGCCGCUCGCUUCUGGGCUCACUUCAUGGAUCAGAAGUGUUGGAAUUCGUUAUGGCUGGCGCUGUGGACGGAGGAGGGUGAGCUGCAGAAGGGCUUCGUGAAGGAGACCAAGGAGAACCUGGCACUCCUGGAGACGCUGCUCGGUGGCAACAAGUUCUUCGGAGGGGACUCCGUUGGCUACCUAGACAUAGUCCUCAGUGCGUUGGCUCAUUGGGUUGGCGUGUUCGAGGAGGUAGCUGGUGUGAGCCUGGUUGGUGACGAGUACCCUGCUCUGCGCCGCUGGGCCAAGGACUACACCUCGGACGAAGCUGUGAAGCUUUGCCUGCCGAACACAGAGCGUAUCGCAGGCUAUAUCACAGCAAGGAAGGACAGCUUCAAGCUGAUGGCCAAGGCAAUGGUGCAGGCGUGCAGCAGUAACCACUGGGCAAAAGUACUAUAUUGGCGGCCUGAGUAUGUGACAAUAUAUACAUGCCAAAGCGUUCAUGGUGUUGUGUGAGUAAAAUGUUAUUGUACUGAAUACGAGUUCCAAUUUCCAAACUAUGCGAUGAAGUCGUUUGCAAUAGUGUGUGGCCUUAUUGAUAGGGUUAUGUGUAAUGUGUUUCGUGUGUUCUGUUGAUCUGUUCCAUACCUUAGAAUGAUAAGAAAACUCGACAUGUUAUGCCGCA